AUGAAGCCCUGGCUGGGGCCUGGGGCUGCUGCCCUCCGCCUGGGCUGGCCGGCUCAGCUGCUCUGGGUCUCAGCCCUGAGCUCCGCUGUCUCCCCGCCUGCUCCUCCUUCUCCGAGAACCAGCUCCAGUCUGGGAAGAUCUGUCCUCGGCCUUGACAAAUGCAAUGCCUGCAUCGGAACGUCUAUUUGCAAGAAGUUCUUUAAAGAAGAAAUAAGGUUUGACAGUUGGCUGGCCACCCACGUCCAACUGCCUCUGGGCUCCUUGCCUUCUUACCCUGCAAAUUACUCAGAUGACUCCAAAACCUGGCGCCCUGUGGAGAUAGCGAGGCUGGUCAGCACACAGCAGCAUGAAAUCUCAGACAGGAGAAUCUGUGCCUCUGCCGCAGCCCCCAAGACCUGCAGCAUCGAGCGUGUCCUGAGGAAAACAGGAAGGUUCCAGAAAUGGCUGCAGGCCAAGCGCCUCACCCCAGACCUGGUGCAGGGCCUAUCCAGCCCUCUCCUGCGCUGCCCAUCACAGCGCCUCCUGGACCGCGUGGUCCGGCGCUACGCUGAGGUGGCCGACGCAGGCAGCAUCUUCAUGGACCACUUCACGGACCGCGACAAGCUGCGCCUGCUCUACACACUGGCUGUCAACGCGCACCCCAUCCUCCUACAGAUCUUCCCAGGAGCAGAGGGAUGGCCGCUGCCCAAGUACCUGGGCUCCUGCGGCCGCUUCCUGGUCAGCACCAGCACCAGCCCACUGCGGGACUUCUAUACUGCGCCCCCAGACCAGGCGGCCGACCUGGCCCACCAGCUCCUCAGGAUCCUGGAGUCUCUGCGGAGCAACGACCUGAACUACUUCCUCUACUUCACCCGCGUGGAUGCCUCCAUGUUUGGCAUCUUUAACAACGGCCAUCUGUUCAUCCGGGACGCCAGCGCCUUGGGAGUCAUCGACAGGCAGGAAGGCAGCCCAGCGGCCAGGGCAGCGGAGAGCCAGGACAUCUUCAGCUGCCUGGGCACUGGCUGCCAGGCGGCGCCGCCCCCCUGUGACGCGGUGCCUGAGGGGCAGAGCGUGGUGCUGGUGUGCCGGCAGGUGCUGCCCGCGCUCCUCCGGGGGAAGUUCCCCCCCGCCGUGCAGGAGCUGAUAGACGGCCUCCUGGCCACGUGUGGGGACAGUGCCCGCCCAGACCCCGAAGUCCUGGAGGCCGCUGGCCAGCUCCAGAGCAUCCUGAGACCCCUGAGGACGUGUGACCCCAGGUUUGCCUACCGCUACCCGGACUGCAGGUACAAUGACAAGUUCUGA